CUGAGUUAGGGAAGGUCCUCUGUCUGUGUGUGAGUGUGUGUGUGUGUGUUUCUCUCCCUGUUUCUCACCAGUAUUUGGCCACCAGCAAUGAUUGCCAGACCAGGAACCCAAUGAGAGAUGCAAACGCCUACCUGCCAGUGACGAGUCCCAAACGGAAGAGACUAUACUUUUUUUUGUGCAACUUUUUUUGUGGGGGUGGAAGUUGGGAGCUGCUCAUCAGAACUGGUGGUGAAGGAGGAACGAUCUCAAGAGGUUUUUUCCUGCCAAUUCCUCCAGGGAUUGAGGGAGGGAGAAGGCUGGUGAUCCCUGGACAGGGGAACAGGUGAAGAUGGAAGCGAUCAGCUCCUGGGACCCGAGCAGAGUUUCACAUUGGUUACAAGGACUGGAGGACAGUGUGCAGCACUAUCCCUUUGCUCAGUGGCAGGUGAAUGGUGAGCAGCUGCUGAGAUUGUCACCCCAGGAACUGGAGGAGCUGGGCGUCACUCGCGUGGGACACCAGGAGCUGAUCCUGGAGGCUGUGGAGCUGUUGUGUGCACUGACGUAUGACCUGGAGAGGGAGAACCUGAAGGCGUUGAUGGAGAAGAUGCGAGCUGUGUCGGUGUCGGUCCAGACCUGUAUAAUGAGCCGCAGGAAAGUGUUCGCUGGAGCCAAGAGAACCCCCACUGACCUCCUGCUGUUGGUCAUGGACCUUCUGCAGGCAACAAAAGCCAUCUUCUCCUGGCUGAACAGGUAUCCUUUUCUAUGUAUUGUGGAUUACUCCACAGUCAAGAGGAGAAUUAUCCAACUGUGCAUGGAGCUGGCUCGCUGUGUGAACAAGGACCACAGCACGGAGGACAAAGAAGACCAGGUGCUGACUGUAUGCAGGGAACUCUCAGAGCUGAGUGAGUUGGUGCAGAAGAGCAGCCCGAAGCAGCUGUUGUGCGAGUGCGCCAACCUGGAGAGGGUGCAACUGGUGACAGUCUCACCGGGACAGAGUCUGGGAAUUGAAAUCAAAUCGAACAAUGGGCUACACUUCAUCACCGGAACCACUGCCAAUUCUCCAGCACGUCGGUGCCAGAAGAUCCAGGCGGGAGAUGAGGUGGUGAAAGUCAACGAUUCUGUCGUGGUGGGCUGGACCCUGCGGAAUCUCGUCUCCAAGCUCCGGGAGGACUCCCACCAGGUGGUCCUCGUCAUGAAGAAGGUCCCCGUCGACAGCAUGUCACUAAUCUCUGCCUCCGACAGCCCCCAGUCCCAGACUGUGAAGCGGCUCUCCGAUGAUGUGGAAUCUUGCCAGGAUUUGGAACGGACCUCAAGAGGAUCAUCCCGAACAUCUGUCCCCAGGGGGCCUGACACCGAGACGAUGGAGCAACCGUGGAGGACCUCUCGCCCGAGCUCUGUCACCUCCCACUCCAGCACGGACUGCGAGCAAAACAGAGGUCGCUCGGACUCGGAGGCGGAGCCCACCCGUGCCACUGAGGGUAAUGGGGGCCUGGUAUUGCCGUUGCUGGUGAAGAGCUCGGUGAGGACAGAGUGUGAAGCUGGCGACAGCUCGGCUGAUGCAGCAUCUCCGGGACAGUCAGCGCCUAGUGGAGCUGAGCCGGUACAGGGAACACCGGAAUCUGGGAACACGGUCAGGUUACGCACCAGGCGGAAGAAGAAAGGUGUGGCGACGGCUCUGAGCCGGAGGCGGAUUUCCUGCCGGGAUCUAGGAUUGGGCGAGUGCUACGGCUGGCUGUGGAAGAAGAAGGAAAACGCCAGGUUCAUGUCUCACAAAUGGAACCGCAGGUGGUUCGUGCUGAAAGGCCCGAGUCUGUACUGGUACAGCAGUGAGAGCGACGAGAAAGCCGAGGGCUUCGUUAAACUGCCGUCGUACGUGGUGGAAGCGGCUGGAGAACACAAAAGGAAGUUUGUGUUCCAGCUCAGCCACAAGAAGUUUAAAUCCUUUGUCUUUUCCUCGGAAAACGUGGAUGAAAUGAAGAAGUGGAUCAAAAGCCUGAUCAGCGCCAUCCGCAAGUACAAACCUGACAAACACUGGGAGAACAAGGAGGAAGACUGCUGGAGCGAGACUGAGACUGAGGAGGUUGAUGACUCUCCGGAAGCCCCUCAGCCGUCCAAUGCUCCUCGCACAACAUCCUACCAGCAGGCUCAGCGCCUCAGUGACCUCCCGCCGGUGGAGAGAUACCGAAUGAACUCGGAGGCUCGGGGUGUACCGGUGGCGAAGAAGCCCGAGAACACGGACACACUGACACCGGGCAGCAAACAGCACCACUCCCCGAUCAGCCCCAGCCGCCCAGGUAGAGAGUCCAUUCCCAAGUCCACUGAUGAGCUGGAGGUGCUGAUGAAGUGUCUGCAGCAGGGCGGGGUCUCGCUGAUCGGAAAGCAGCAGCCGUUUUGCAAAGAUUACCGCAAGUCCUUCAUCAAACGCUCCAAGAACCCCAUCAUCAACGAGAAGGCACACAGGCUGCGGACCCUGCACAGCACGCUCAAGGCAAAGGAGCUGGACUUGCAAUCCAUCAACAAGAUCCUGGACGACAACCAGCUGACGGUGGACAAAUUCCGAUUGUGGAAGCAGGAAAACCAGGAGCUGCUAACGGAUAUCAUCAAGAACCGUCAUGCAGGGCGUCCACAAGGAGACAGAACAGGUCGGGAUCCGCCAGAAUAUGGACAAGAAAUGGGACUGGGGUCCACAACAAGCCUUCCAUCCCAGGGGAGCUUUAGAUUGAGUUGUGGAAAAGCCUCCCCUUCAGGAACUGAUGAGGAACUGGGGGACGGGAAUCAUCUGUGGACUAGCCGCCUGUCUGUGAAAUUGGGAGGCCCUAAGCAAGAGGUUGACGCAUCCUGUGCCUCUGGGGUAGAGACAGGGCAUGCAGUUAGCUCACCAGAUCAAGACUCGGGUCCCAGCAGAGGGUCUGAGGACAGACCCCUGCGGCGUAGUAAGAGCCAUCGUCUGAGCACCAUUGUAUGAGUGGGAUGGGGGUGGUCUCCGAGUGUGCUCAGAGUCAGGCUCCAUCCCUGGUUCAGUAAGAUUUUCCAAAUCUGUCUGAUUUCUCCCAUUUUCUUUGUCAAAGAAAUUCAGUGCCUUCAAAGCAAUCUGUCUUUAUUUUUCUUGUGUGUCUCGAUCCUAAAGCUGAUGAAAUCAUUGAAGCAAGAAACAGUGAGCAGGGCCUGGGCUUGUGAGGCGGAGACAGCAGAGCCUUGUGUGUGUGUGUGUGUGUGUGUGGGUGGUGGGGGAUUGAAGUGGUGCUGUUCUCCUACACAUGGCCUUCUGCUUUUCCAACUUUUGUCUCCUCACUCAUCAGUCCUUCCCACCAUUGGUGGCGGAGCUUUCAACUGCUCAGGCCUCCAAGAGCCGGAAACCUCUCCCCAAAACUCUUUGCCCUGGGUAUUCCCUCCCAUAUAUAACCCUUCUGGAAAGCAUAUCUCUUUGACCACAUGGUCAGAACCCUCACUGCUUAGCAAUCCAUAUCACUCUUGUGAAGGGUUAAUUUGACGUGAAAGGCGCUGUACAAGUAUAAGUGAAUGUUCUCCUAGGAAGCUAUGAGUAACUGGGCUGCAAUUUUAAUCACUUUGAUCUAAAGAACUCUGCAAAUACCAUUACCUGGUUCUGCUGCUCAGCUUCCAUUUCAGACAAGUUUAAUCAGUGUAAAUAAGCUAUUUACAGAAUUAAAUACAACAUUUAUCCUAGUGCUCUCCUGUAUUCAUUGGUUGAAAUAAACUAGAUUACACGUGA